AACAGUGCAGAGACAGUGAGCGUAAAUGAGUCAAUGCCCAGGUAUAAAAUGCAGCAGGGCGAGGCAGAUUGAAAAAUACUCUGUUACAGAGUGGAAUGCACAGAGGAGAAGCACGCCCGUACGUACACGGAGACUUGCUCCGUAAACAACGGGUGAACCAGAGUGUGACGCAAGGCAAUAACCUGUGUGGAGGAAGCUAUGAAUCUAGACAGCAUUCAAUACAAGCCAAACCCUGCAGAGGAUUUCCCCAGUUGGUCUGGAAAGCCUCUAGCCCGAACAUUGAAAUCUGCUGAUACUUGUCCUUCCUUAUGGAACACAGACUUCAAAGAACUCUCUUUAAGUGAUGAGCCAAGCAUGAACAACCUUGCUGUCCCAGCCAGAUCUCAGAAAGGAGCACACAUGAAUGAUAGGGUGAACAGAGACCACUGCCAGUCUCCCAGAGAGGGGCAGGGGUGUGUGGAUGCAGCGCUGCUAGAUCCUAACGAGCUUCAGAUGCAGGUGGAUUUUUUCUGUAAACUCGGCUACUCCCCAGAUGAGAUCAGAGCUGUACUCCAGAAACUGGGCUUGAAUGCAGACACGAACACUGUGUUGGGGGAGCUGGUCCGGUCUGGGGUCACAGCCUCCGAAAGGGAGAUGGUCCCAACAAACCCCCCAGGACCUGCAGUGGUGUCCCAAGGGGAGAAUUCUCCAACCAUGCCAGGUACACCGCCCCCACCACAAGAGGAUGAAAGGGACGAGGGAAGUCUUUUAAGACCGGUGGUUAUUGAUGGGAGCAACGUGGCUAUGAGCCAUGGGAAUAAGGAGGUCUUUUCCUGCCGUGGGAUCCUGCUAGCUGUAAACUAUUUUAUAGACCGGGGACACACUGAUAUCACAGUCUUUGUACCAUCAUGGAGAAAGGAACAACCUAGGCCAGAUGUCCCCAUCACUGACCAGCAUAUUCUCAGAGAACUUGAGAAGAAGAAGAUCAUGGUGUUCACGCCAUCGCGACGGGUCGGUGGGAAGCGGGUCGUCUGUUAUGACGAUCGAUUCAUUGUCAAGCUGGCCUGCGAAUCCGAUGGCAUCAUCGUGUCAAACGACACCUAUAGAGACUUGCAGAGCGAACGCCAAGAAUGGAAGCGAUUCAUUGAGGAGCGCCUGCUGAUGUAUUCAUUUGUCAAUGACAAGUUUAUGCCUCCCGAUGAUCCACUUGGACGGCAUGGUCCUAGCCUGGAUAAUUUUCUGAGGAAGAAACCACUUGUACAAGAACAAAAACGACAACACUGCCCCUACGGCAAAAAAUGCACUUAUGGAAUCAAGUGUAAAUUCUACCACCCAGAGCGGAUUAACCAGUCACAGAGAUCUGUGGCUGAUGAGCUCCGGGCGAACGCUAAGCUUUCUACAACCAGGGCUAUGAGUCACUCUAGCCCUCUGAAGGAUGAGAAGAAGCCAAUCUUGUCAAGGAAAUCCUCCCAACCUGAUAUGCUCUCGAUGGCAUCCCUGGAGCAGGAAAUGGAACAGAAGUUGAUGCUGGAGCGAAGAAACGCUCUGCAGAAAGUGCACAUCACUGAGAAUUCACUCCUGGUAAAAGGGGCUACUUUAUCCAAGAGGCCUUCCAAAAAGGUGGCUUUUAACCAGUGCAGCCACCAUUCCCCAACAAAAAUUGACUCUUUUCCCUGCCCUUCACAAGAACCUUUGGAUUCAGGCCUGGGAUCCUACGAGAGCCAGUAUUCUGAAAUGAUGCCCAGGGGACCACAGGGACACUGUGAGCAUUACCAUCCAGAGCAAAGGGGAUCUGGCAGGUACAGCAACUGUUCCAAUAGUCGGCCCGUUUACCAGCACUCUCAGAGCCUGGAUCAGCAUGACAGCUAUCAGCAGUACAACUGUUCUCAAAAACCAAUGACUGCCGGAGCUAGCUUCCAUCAAUAUAACCCAGAGCUACCAAACUCCAGGUCAUCUAACGUGAUGGGUCACGGGGGACAUUGCUAUCCAGGGUACGGGAGGCCAGUGUACCAGGGUGUGGUGGGUCCUUACAGCCUUCCAGAUGACUACAACCCAGGCUCUGUGCACCCCCAGCGGGAAUACUGGUCAGAUCCGUUUCAAGUGGCUGCUCAUGGCAGAUCAAGCAGCCUACAGGAUCACCAAAGGUUCCAGCAGCAUUUACCAAGCACAGUGUACAAUGAUCAGCAAUCGCACCAGUGGCCCCAGCAAGAUCCCUAUACCAAAGAACGGGAGGAUGUCCGUAAAAAGUUGCUGGCCAUCUUUAACCCCCAUCAGGUGGACAAGGCCAUGAGCAUGUUCCCAAACCUGUUCAACCCCCAGAGCCUUGCUGCUGAAAUCCUCAAGCUCAAGUCAAGGGGCGAGCUGAUGUAAAACAAAGCACUUCCCUCCAGCUGUGCCAGUUAGGGGGUGUUCUGAACCGGUUUUAGUAAAUGAAUGCACUAUCCCAAAACUUGGAUGUGUGAUCCUAAAAUAUAUAGCUUGCUUUGAAAAUUGUCCUUUUCAAUACAAAGGUUCAAUGCAAGGAUUGUAAACAAUUUCAUAGGAUGUUCCAGGUAGCAAUCGCAUGUAUCUUGCCACUCUACUGUACAUUUGAGCACUUCAGAUGAAAAAUUUCUUCUAGGCCUAAAGUAAGGAAACUUAUGAGGCCAGAGGUGGUUGUCCGUUGGUACAUAUUGUAUCUCUUCUCAUUUUAUAUCAUGUAUCUUUGCAAACCAUGCCACAACAUCAUAAACUUGAGGUAAACAUUUCUGAUUUUUGGUGUAUUUCAGAAAAAAGCUAUAGUUUCUGCUAUCCAUUAGAUUUGCUGUAUUUGCAUAUAUUAAUAAGAUUUUUGGCAUACAGAUAAGUGGAUAGUAGGAAAGAAGUAAUUAGCAGAAGCAACUAUAAUAUGGUGGGGUCUUCAUUAAUGGAUAUUAAUACUGGCACCCUAGAAAGUGUACCUACUUAAUUGAGGGCAUUUUUACCCUUUUUAUUAAAGUCAGUGGUAUUUUAAAGCUAAGGCAGUUUAUAUAAUAAUAAAAUACAUCUGUGUUUCAUAAACAUUAAUGUGCCAAAAAAUGAAUUUCUUUGACGCUAAUAUGUGUUUGCAUAAAAAAUGUUUAUCAUGGAUGUGUGUUGAAACUGGCUAUAUUGGCACUGUGUGUCUUGGUGUUGGCCACAAAUAAGUUACCUAAUGAACAUAAAUACAAUUUGUUCAGUUGUGAAGCAUUACAUAACGGUAAUGGUUUCAUUCAAGUAAGCAAACUGCUUUUUAAAACAAAAUAUGAAUACAAAAAAUGCUAUUGUAAUUAUCAUUUUUUAAUGUUUUUAUUUCUUUUGGAGAAUAUAUGUAAGUGUUUAGACUAUCUUAAAGGUUGUUAUGAGAUCACUAGUUCUCAGGUUCUUUUAAAGCAUAGCAAUUAUAAAGAAACUGUUUGUUUCUUUGUUUUUUUUUUACAGUUUACAGAUGUACGUAUUACCUUAACAGUUAAACAGAAGUAAACGCCUUUUCCAGAAAAAAUGUAUUUCUGGAUUAAUACUCAAUGCCAUUUUAAAUCUUUGCCAUGUAUUAAAAAAAAAAAAAAUAGAGAGAUUAAGAAGUGGUCUGUAUAAUGUAUGCACUUUGCAUGUUCUGUGUUUUAAGUUUGCUGUUGCGAUUAGGUGUUUUGUAAAGCAGAUGUUACACAUUUAUAAAUAAAUUCUUCUUGAAAUAGCAACA